AUGCCCAACUCCCUGGACCGAGCCGUGCGCUUCUCGGGCGGCAGCGACGACGACGAGGCCGCCGCCAACCUGGCCAUGCAGAGCCUCAAACACGCCCUGCCCGAGGCCGAGGACGAGGACUCGUCGCCCGAGUCCAACGGCGCCGACCUGCACCACGCCAUCGAGCGGCACGACGACCUGGGCUCGCUCAGCAGAUACGCAGAUGCCCCCAACGGCCUCACCGGCUCCCUGAGCUCGCUACCGCCCGCCUCCCACAUCAACGGCGGGCCGCCGCCCAAGGCCCCGAGGCCCAGCGGCGGCGAGGCCGACGCGCCCUAUCUCCAGCGGCCCAUGGGGCCCAUCCGGACGCCGUCCAACACGUACAACCCGGCCAACUCGCGCAAGCCCGCCGCCCCCCAGCCGCAGCCGUCCUUCUCGGAGUCGGCCCGGUCCUCGUCCAAGACGCGCCCGCGCCAGAGCGACAGCCGCUUCCGCGCCCAGGAGCGGGCCUAUGUCCAGACGCUGCGCCAGGGAGGCUACACGGGCGAGUACUUUAGCCAGUUCCAGCCGCAGAACGGCAACGACUCCGACUCGGAGGGCGAGACCCCGUCGUCCGAGGGCCCCUUUGACGACCGCCUCGACCAGCAGGAGACCAUCAUGUUCUACGGCAACGACGAGAUACAGCCGACCGAGGAGGACAUUGCCAUUCCCGAAAACCGCGAGAGGCUCGAGUGGCACAGCAUGCUCGAGGCCGUCCUGACGGGAGACGUCGUCCGGCAGGAGAAGAAGCGCCUCAUCAGCGCCACCGACACAACCGCCAACAGGGCAACCUACAGGCAGGAGCUGUGGCUCGAGCUCCGCGCCGAGUCGUGCGGGCGCAGGGUCCCGGUCCAGAAGCGCAUGGUCGAGGACGGCCGCGCCAUGGUGGACAAGCUGCUGGACGACGUCAUCAACUUCGAGGUCAAGGGGACCCUCGAGGCCGGGAAGCCGCCGUUUGAGCAGGUCAAGGACGUGGUCAAGAAGAUUGAAAAGUGCCAGAGCAUGUACCCCUCGUGGAACGCCCUCGUGGCGGAGCACAAGUCGGCCGUCUCCCCGCAGUUUCUGGAAGCCUACGAGGCCAUCAUGUCGUGGUACAACACCAACGAGAUGAUCAACACCGAGCUCGCCAUCCUCAAGAAGUGGGUCGGCAACGACGAGCUCGACUUCUCCCGCACCAAGCAGCGGUCCCCGGCCGUGGACGGCAUCACCACGGACGAGACCUCGUUCCUCGACAGGCUGAUGAAGGAAGACGGCCUCCAGUCGCUGUACAACGAAAACGCAAAGGUCAUCCUCAAGGGCGACCUGGUCCAGUGGGGCAUGCUGAUGCCCAUCUCCCACGUCAUCAAGAAGGCCAAGGAGACGCUGAUUCGCAACUCGAUCCCGUUCCAGAAACGGCACCUGCCGCCGUACCUGGACGAGCUGCUGACGCUCAUCAGCUUCCCGUCGCGCCUCAUCGAGGAGAUCACCAAGACGCGGCUGGCGUAUGCUCGGAAGGUUAAGGAGACGGCCCAGCAGAACCCGCUGAUGCAGGAUCAGAUGAUUUCCCAGUUCCAGCUGCUGCUGCAGUUCGCCAUCCGCAUCAAGACGGAGUACCUCGAGAUCGAGAAGCCCGAGCCCGGCUGGGACCUGCCCCCCUGCAUCGACGAGUCCUUUGACCAGGUGGCGCUCGAGGCGCUCAAGUACUACUUCAAGAUGCUCAACUGGAAGCUCAGCGGCAACAAGAACACGUUCAAGGAGGCCGAGCUGCUGUUCCAGGAGUGGGACUUUGCCAACGACAUCGGCGGCUCCCUCCACCGCGGCAACAUUGAGGUCGCCGAGCAGUUUAGUUCGCUGACGUUCAAGGCGCUCAACAGGCUGAGCACGACGUUCGAGCGGGAGCUGCAGAUCAAGCCCAAGGAGAGCGCGGCGGACAUGAGCAAGCGGUACAAGGCCGCGCUCGACUCGGUCCGCGUCCGCCAGCGGAUGCUGCAGCGCUUCUCCCGCAUGCUGAGCGAAAACUACGAGCACGCGUGCGACUUUAGCAUCUCGCUGCCGCCGGACCAGAUGCAGCUGUUCUACGACCACCUGGUGGCCUCGGGCCACUUCCACGUCGACACGCACGGCGUCUUCGAGACGCUGGGCAUCUACCUGAUAGCGUCGCCCGAGAUGCGCGACCGGCUCGACGACGUCCAGGCCAUGCUGGCCAUCACGUCCGCCGACCGCUUCCCCGACGACUCGGGCGACCAGUACAUCCUCAUCCUGCGGCCCGAGGACCCCUUUGUGUGGAUCGGCGAGGUGGCGGACGUGCUGAUCAAGGAGCAGAACAUCGACCUCAAGCGCGGGCAGAUCCGGCUCUGCACCACGAGCAGCAGCGCCAUCGCCCACGCCCGCCGGACCUUUCUCGACGCCAUCGACAUGCACAUUGACCUGCUGCAGGAGUCGCGCUCCAACAUCCACAAGGUCAACACGCGGCUCACCGAGAUCCGCCGCGUCGCCUACAAGCUGUCCAACACCUUCAUGGACAGCGUCGAGAUCAUCCGGAGGCAGACGCAGGGCAAGGACUGCCAGGAACUCAUCCAGACGUGCUUCAUCUUUGCCACCGAGUUCGGCCAGCGCUCGCUGCUCUACAUGGACAGCAACCGCCGGCAGAUGAACAACCUCAAGCUGACCAAGCUGGCCCUGGACUGGGUCAGCUUCAUCUGCGACGACUGCGUGGCCUCGGACCGGCGGACGUUCCGCUGGGCGGUGCUCGCCCUCGAGUUCGCCAUGGGCAUGACGCGCGGCCGCCACAUCCUGGCCCUGGGCGAGGAGGAGUACGAGCGGAUCCGCGCAAAGGUCGGCGGCUGCAUGUCGGUCCUCAUCUCGCACUUUGACAUCAUGGGCGCGCGCUCCAGCCUGGCCGCCCAGGCGGAGAAGGAGCGCAUCGAGAAUCUCGUGAGCCAGUUUAGGAAGGACAAGAACAAGAUGCUCGACGACGACGAGGCCACCAUGAGCGUCACCGAGCAGCGGCUGGAGAAGCUCGCCCGCGUCGACGAGUUCCGGGAGGGCAAGGAGGCCGAGCGGCGGGCGCUGGGCCGCGUGCUGGAGACGACCAACGAGGCCGACCGGUCGCUGGCCUACCUGUCGGCGUCGGCCACCAACGUCACGGUGCGAUGGCAGCAGGGCCAGUUUGUGGGCGGGGGGACCUUUGGCAACGUGUACGCCGCUAUGAACCUGGACACGGGCCAUCUGAUGGCGGUCAAGGAGAUUCGACUGCAGGACCCCAAGCUGAUCCCGACGAUUGCCGAGUCGAUCCGCGAGGAGAUGCGCGUGCUCGAGGUCCUCGACCACCCCAACGUCGUGUCAUACCACGGCAUCGAGGUCCACCGAGACCGCGUCUACAUCUUUAUGGAGUUUUGCUCUGGCGGUUCCCUCGCCAACCUGCUGGAGCAUGGUCGCAUCGAGGAGGAGGAGGUCAUUAUGGUGUAUGCGCUGCAGUUGCUUGAGGGUCUUGCUUAUCUGCACGAAAGCGGCAUUGCUCAUCGCGACAUUAAACCAGAGAACAUCCUGCUGGACCACAACGGCAUCAUCAAGUACGUAGACUUUGGCGCCGCCAAGCUCAUUGCUCGCCAGGGGCGGACAAUGGCCGCCGACCUCCACGCCACCAAGCCCAACAAGUCCAUGACGGGCACGCCCAUGUACAUGUCGCCCGAGGUGAUCAAGGGCGAGAACCCCGGUAAGGCCGGGGCGGUGGACAUUUGGUCGCUGGGCUGCGUCAUCCUCGAGAUGGCGACGGGCCGGCGGCCGUGGGCCAACCUGGACAACGAAUGGGCCAUCAUGUACAACAUUGCGCAGGGCAACCCGCCGCAGCUGCCGACGUCGGAGCAGCUCAGCCCGCAGGGCAUCGACUUCUUGAUGCGGUGCUUUGCGCGAGAUCCUAAGCAGAGAUCGUCGGCCAUCGAGCUGCUGCAGCACGAGUGGAUAAUGACCAUCAGGAACCAGGUGGUUGAGCCGGCGACGCCGAGCGAUGCUAGUGGAUCGUCUCAGUCGCCGUUUGUGUCGGCGACGUCGACCAGGAACAGCAUUGGGCCGGACGGGUUCUACUGA